AUGUUAAAUUCAAAUAAUGAGACGCUUCUCAAACAGGUGAACAAAAACCAAACUCUCCUAAUCCAAAAAUUACAAGAUGACAUUCAACUCCUUAAUGAAGAAAUUGAAGCUUCUAAUUAACAAAUUGACACUCUCAAAUCAGAAAAUGAUUUAGCAUUAUCUCAACAAUAAUCCAUCAUCCAAGAUCUUAGAAAUGAAUGCUAGAACUAUCAAUAAUAAAAUAUGGAACUCCAAUCCAAAUUCACUUAAUCUGUCUUAUAAAAUCAAUUGCUUUAAUCUAAGUACGACAAAAAGAAUAAAUAAUAUACAGAUUAAAUAAUAGAACUCAAGCAACAAAUCAAAUUAAUUCAUCUAAAAAAUUAAGAUUAUCAAAGAGAGAUUAUAGAUCUACGUAAAUCCUUGGAUUUCAAAAAAAUAGAACUUUCCAAAGCCAUUGACAACUCUUCCUUAUUAAAUGAAUAAAAUAAACAGCUAAAAGCUAAUUUGGAUUUGUAAAAGGUUGAUUAUUAAAAUAAGAUUGAUCAAAUUUAAAAUUUAAUUCAAGACAAAGAUGAAGAGAUCACUCUAAUAAUAAAUGAUAACAAUUUAUUAAAUAAAAACAAUCUAGAAUUAAUAGAAAAAAAUGACAAUCAAUUGCAAACUUUUAAAUCUUAAAUCCACAUUCUAGAGCAAGACAAUCAAAAGCUUCAAAUUCAAUUAUCAGAUGUCCUAAAUUAAAAUUGUCUUUUAAAAUAAUAAUUAUUGUAGAAAUCUUAAGAAAUGCAAAUCAUAUCCUCUUCUAUAUAAUUGUAAUCAGCUGCUGAAUCUCAAUAAUUAAUGGUUUAAUAAUAAUGUUCAAAUUUGUAGAAUCAAAACAAUUAACUAGAAAUGAUUUUAUAAUAAAAAGAAAAUGAUAUUUAAUCCUUUUAAUAACAUAUUCAAGCUCAAAAUGAUUAAAUAACAUAAUAAAAAUAAUAAUAUAGAGAUCUAGAAUUCUUAUAUCAAUAAUAAACCUAAAAUAUCGAAAAGAACAAUCAAGAAUUACUUAAUUAAAUUAAUAAUCUAUAAUAAUAGAUAUCUAAACUUACAUCUGAGUUGAAAGAAUCUGAUAUAAAGCAUGUUUAAGUUAAACAAAUAUAAGAAAGUACUAUAUCAAAAUUAAAUCACGAUAUUCGAUUAUUAGAAUAAAAAAAUGAAGAUUUGAUUUUACAUAAUAACAAACUUAUAAAUGAAAUAAAGUAAAAUGAAUUAAUACAAUAAAAAGAAUCUACCAUUAUUUGUUAGAAAAAUUCAGAAUUUGAAAUUUAACUCUUAGAAUCAUAACAUUAAAUAGAAGAUUUAAAAUAAGAAAAAUAAAAAUAAGAACAUGUUGUUGAGAUGUUAAAUCAUUAAUUAUAAAUUUAAAUAUAAUUACAAAACAAAUUAGAGGAAGAUAUAAAUAAAUAUUAAAGCUUUCUCAUAUCACAUGAUAAACAAUUAGAAGCUAUCACUUCUAAUGAAAGUUCUGACUCUAGUGAUUCAAGCGAAGAAUUAAUAACAGAAAAAUCAUAAUAAUUAAAUUUUGAUGUACUAUGUACUAAAUUAACAGAAAAAAAUAGAUUAAUCUAACUAAGAUUAGAAAUUUAUGAAAAAUAAAUUAAGCAAUAUAAAUAAGAACUUCAUUCUAAAACUAUAGAAAUUUAAAAGCUUUUUAGUGAAAAUUCUGAAUCAAAUUUAAAACUUUAAAGAUUAUCAUAAAUACAACCUAAACUAGAAUAAUAGCUAGAAAGUCAGGAAGAAUCUUUAAAAUAAAAGGAUUAAAAUAUUGAAAAUUUAACAUUGUAAAUUACAAAAUUGUAAGUUUAAUUUAAUGAAAUUGAACAAUCAAAUUUAUCUCUUGUAAACUAAAUAAAAAUAUUAAUAGAAGCUUAAGAUAAUCAAACAUUGGAUUUCUAAAAUUAAAUAUUAAUUCAAGCAAAAUAAUAUGAUAUAAAGAUUCAAGAAUUAACAAAGACAAAAAAAGACAUUGAAAUUCAAUUGAUUCAAAGUGAAAAUAAAACCAAAUAAUUAGAGAUAGAGAAUGAAUCAUUGAAUCUAAAAAUUGCCUCUUUAGAUGUAGAACUUUCAAAUUUAUAAAAUCAACUUUAACUUGAACUUGUUACCAAAAAUGAUUUAUAAAGUAAUUUGAAUUCUAUAAAAGAAGAAUUAAUUUCAAAUUUCGAUUUACGCACCUCUGAAACAACAUAAGUUUCAAUCUUUGAUCAAGUAUUUCCAAAUAUCAAUUAUCAAGUAUUAUUAUUUAUAGAAGAAAUAACAGAAAACAUCAAGAAAUAAUUAUAUAAUAAGAUGGAUAAUCUAGAAAACAAUCUUUUAAGAACUAUUAAUAAAUAUUAAAAAUUAUUAGAAAAAAUUUAAAAGAAUUAUCACAAUAUUUAAUAAUUGUAUGAACUAAGUCAAUAGACAUUAAUACAAAAGGAAAGUCUAUAAUAAGAUUAAAAUAAAAAACUAUUAAUAUAAAUUAAAUCUUUGUCGGAAGAAUUAAAUUACAAAAACAAUCUCAUCCAUCAAUUAGAAGAAUAAUAAAAGAAAUUAUUACUUGAUUAAUAAAGUAUAGAACAGUAGAAUCUAGAUUAAUAGAAUAUAAUAAAUCAAUAAUAAUAAUAAAAAUAAGAUGAAUUUCAUUAAACAAAAAUUGCUGAACUUGAAAAAAUAAUUACAAAUUAACAAUUAGAAAUGGAUUAGUUUAUUAAAAAAAUUACUCAAUUAGAAUAAUAAGUUUAAGAUUAAAAAAAUUAAGUUAAUUCAAAAUAAAAUAGAAUAAAUGAAUUAAAGUAAGAGUUGAAUCAUUUAAAAAAUGAUUAGACAGGACUAAAAUUUGAUUAAUUGAAAUUUUAAUAACAAUAAAAUUAGAUAUUAGAACUUAUUUCGAAUAAUACAAAUUUAACUCAAUAAAAUUUAGAUGCAUAACGCAGAUUAAAAUAAUUAGAGGAUUCAAAUUAAAAUUUAUAAGAUAAAAUAAAUCAACUAAUUAAAUAAGGAGUAAGCCAAAAGGAAAUAAUUAAUUAAUUACAAUAAUAAAACUAGUUAGAAGUUAAAUAAAAUCUUGCCUUGAUGUAACAGAUGGAUCCUUUAUAAAAGCAGAUAGAAUAUUUAACAAGAGAAAAUCGAAAGCUAUAACAAUCCAACAACGAUUUUGAAAAAGCUUAUGGAAAAUUGCCUAUUUAUGGUAGUCCUAGCCCAAAAAAAGUUUAAAAUAUUGAUUAAAAUUAACUCAAAAAAUUUGAAGAAGAAUUGUAACAGAUGUAAUUGAAAUUCACACAAGAAAUGGAGGAAAAAAAUAAAGAAUUAAAACAUAUCUCUAAAGAGUAUGAAUUGCAAAUAUAAUAAUUUAAAGAUGUAAAUUAAGAUGAAAUAAAUAAAUUAGAAAAAAAUUGUAAUGCUUUGAAAAACGAAUUAAAAGAAUAAUAAGUUUAAAAUAAUAAAUUAUUGGAAGACAAUCACAAAUUUGAUAGAGAAAAUUUAUAAUUAAUUCAAAAUAUUGACAAAUUAACAUUAUAGCUGAAUGAAUUUAGUAAAAAUUAAAUAAUAUAAACUUAAUAAGAAAACGAAUUGAUAAGAAUCAAUAUGCUUCACUAGCAAAUAUUAGAUGAAAACUAAAAAUUAUAGAAUCUUAUAAUUAAAUUGGAGGAGGAAAAUAAAAAUAUGAAAUAAUAACAAAAUUUAUUAAGUCUAGAGUUAGAAAAAUAAAAUAAUGAAUAUUAGAUUUAGAUAAGUUAAUUGCAGGUAAAUUAUAGAGAUUUACAAAAUUAGAGUUUAGAAUAAAAAAAAAUAUUAGAAUAGAAGGUAUGUGAGAUUAAUAAUGAAUUGAAGAAUAAAUAGUUUGAAUUUGGUAAAACAAUUGAAAAUCUUUAAAAAAUAAUUAAUGAUUAGAACGAUUAAUUAUAGAAUUCUAACAGUAAUAUCUAAGAUCUAUAAUAAUAAAUUAAUUAUUAAGAAGAUUAAAUACUUUAAUAUAAAAAUUUGAUUCAAGAAAAAGAGAAAUUGAUUAAAAUUUAAAUUGAUUAACUUAAAAAUUUUGAAAUUGAACAUAAUAAUAAAGUAGAAAAUCUUUAAAAAAUAAUUGAUGAUUUAAAUAUAUAAUUAUAGAAGUCUUAGAGUUAUAUUCUAGAAUUAUAAUAAUAAAUAAAUUGUUAGGAGAGAUAAAUUAAUCAGUAAAUAAGUUAGAUAUAAGAAAAAGAAUAACAUAUAUCAAAUAAAAUAAAUUAAUCAAAUGAUUUAAAUUAAGAAUUAAAGAAUAAAGUAUAACAUCUUUAAAAAAUAAUUGAUGAUUUAAACAUAUAAUUAUUGAAUUCUAAGAAUAAUAUAUAAGAUCUAAAAUAAUAAAUUAAUACUUAAGAAGAUUAAAUACUUUAAUAUUUAAAUUUGAUUCAAGAAAAAGAGAAAUUGAUUUAAAUUUAAGUUGAUUAACUUAAAAAUAUUGAAAUUGAACAUAAUAAUAAAGUAGAAAAUCUUUAAAAAAUAAUUGAUGAUUUAAACAUAUAAUUAUUGAAUUCUAAAAAGAAUAUCUAAGAUCUAUAAUAAUAAAUUAAUACUUAAGAGGAUUAAAUACUUUAAUAUAAAAAUUUGAUUCAAGAAAAAGAGAAAUUGAUUAAAAUUUAAAUUGAUUAACUUAAAAAUAUUGAAAUCGAACAUAAUAAUAAAGUAUAACAUCUUUAAAAAAUAAUUAAUGAUCAGAACGAUUAAUUAUAGAUAUCUAAGAGUAAUAUUCAAGAACUAUAAUAAUCAUUAUAAGCUUCAGAAUAUUCAAUUAAUACAUAUAAAAAUUAGAUAGAAGAAAAAGAAAAGCUAAUAUUAACAUCAAUUAAUGAAUCAAAAACAACUGAAAUGGAUUAUAAUAAUAAAAUUGAAUUUCUUAAAUAACUACUUGAUGACUAAAAUUCAUUACUAUCAAAUUCUAAAAACAAAAUCUAAGAUCUAUAAUAAUAAAUUAAUUAUUAAGAAGAUUAAAUACUUUAAUAUAAAAAUUUGAUUCAAGAAAAAGAGAAAUUGAUUAAAAUUUAAAUUGAUUAACUUAAAAAUUUUGAAAUUGAACAUAAUAAUAAAGUAGAAAAUCUUUAAAAAAUAAUUGAUGAUUUAAACAUAUAAUUAUAGAAGUCUUAGAGUUAUAUUCUAGAAUUAUAAUAAUAAAUAAAUUGUUAGGAGAGAUAAAUUAAUCAGUAAAUAAGUUAGAUAUAAGAAAAAGAAUAACAUAUAUCAAAUAAAAUAAAUUAAUCAAAUGAUUUAAAUUAAGAAUUAAAGAAUAAAGUAUAACAUCUUUAAAAAAUAAUUAAUGAUUAGAACGAUUAAUUAUAGAAUUCUAAGAAUAAUAUAUAAGAUCUAAAAUAAUAAAUUAAUACUUAAGAAGAUUAAAUACUUUAAUAUUUAAAUUUGAUUCAAGAAAAAGAGAAAUUGAUUUAAAUUUAAGUUGAUUAACUUAAAAAUAUUGAAAUUGAACAUAAUAAUAAAGUAGAAAAUCUUUAAAAAAUAAUUGAUGAUUUAAAUAUAUAAUUAUUGAAUUCUAAAAAGAAUAUCUAAGAUCUAUAAUAAUAAAUUAAUACUUAAGAGGAUUAAAUACUUUAAUAUAAAAAUUUGAUUCAAGAAAAAGAGAAAUUGAUUAAAAUUUAAAUUGAUUAACUUAAAAAUUUUGAAAUUGAACAUAAUAAUAAAGUAGAAAAUCUUUAAAAAAUAAUUGAUGAUUUAAACAUAUAAUUAUAGAAGUCUUAGAGUUAUAUUCUAGAAUUAUAAUAAUAAAUAAAUUGUUAGGAGAGAUAAAUUAAUCAGUAAAUAAGUUAGAUAUAAGAAAAAGAAUAACAUAUAUCAAAUAAAAUAAAUUAAUCAAAUGAUUUAAAUUAAGAAUUAAAGAAUAAAGUAUAACAUCUUUAAAAAAUAAUUAAUGAUUAGAACGAUUAAUUAUAGAAUUCUAAGAAUAAUAUAUAAGAUCUAAAAUAAUAAAUUAAUACUUAAGAAGAUUAAAUACUUUAAUAUAAAAAUUUGAUUCAAGAAAAAGAGAAAUUGAUUAAAAUUUAAAUUGAUUAACUUAAAAAUAUUGAAAUCGAACAUAAUAAUAAAGUAUAACAUCUUUAAAAAAUAAUUAAUGAUCAGAACGAUUAAUUAUAGAAAUCUAAGAGUAAUAUUCAAGAACUAUAAUAAUAAAUAAAUUGUUAGGAGAUAUAAAUUAACCAAUAUAACAAUCAGAUUUAAGAAAAUGAGAACGCUUAUUAAAUUAAAAUUUUGAAUUCUAAUAACAAUAUUGUUGCUUUAAACGAUAGAUUAAAAGAUUCUGAAAAUCAAGUUCUAAACCUUUCAAAAUAAAUAUACAAUGAAAAGAACAAACUAAACGAGUAAUAAAAAUUGCUUGAAGAAGAGAAGGCAAAAGUGUAGUAUAUUCUAGAUAAAUUUACACUAGAGGAUUAAAAGUAAAAAUAGCUAGUAAUGGAUUAGGAGGAAUAAAUUAAUAUGUUAACUAGUAUUAAAUAAUAAAAUGAAUUAAAGUUAAUUUAAGAAUAAGUAAUAAAUAGUUAGUUAAAAAAGGAUAAUUUUGAAAAAGAAUAAAAAUUAAAUUAAUUAUUGAUCUUAGAAGAAGAUUAAAAAAAUGAAAUUAUGAAAUUAAAUAAUUAAAUUAGUAUUGAGUAAGAUGUUAUAAAUAAUCUUAAGUUAAAACAAGAAGAGGAAGCUAAAAAUAAAAUAAUAUUAUAAGAUCAAAUUAAGGAAUACUUGUAAGUUAUUUAAAACUUAUAAAUUGAAAUUAAAGAAGUACCUAUUAUUGAAUAACAACUUAAAGACAAAAAGAAAGAACUUGAUAAUAAUAGAAUCACUUUAGAAGAAUUAUAGGAUAAAAUAAAUGAGUAGGAAAGUCUUAUUUAAUAAUUAGAACAAGUAAUUUAAUCAAGUUCAGAAUCAUUUCAAAUUUUAUCUUUUUAAAAAGAAUAGCAUUAGAUAGAAUUAAAUAAAAAGUAGAAAUAAUUACAAGAUAAAGAUAUAUUUAUUCUUGAAUAAGAAACGAUUAUAGGAAAUCUUAAGGAGGAUUAUGUGAAAUUAUAAAAGCAGUUACAAGAGAUGUAGAAUAAAAUCUUAAUCAAUUAAACUUAGAAUUAAGAGAAUUGUAGUUUAUUAUAAAAAAAAAUAGAUGAGUUGGAAAAAUAAAAAAUGGAUCAAGAAAACAUAAUAUCUUAAUUGUAAAUUAAAAAUUAGGAAAUAAACAAGAAAUAUGAUCAAAGCGAAUAAUUAAAUGAAGAAUUAAAAUAAUAAUUAAAUAGGCAAUUUGAUUAAGUUAAUUAUAAAUAAUAGUAAGUUGUAAAUUUGGAAAAUAAAAUAAUGUAACUAAACAAUACAAAUUUAACUUAAGAGCAAAAGAUUGCAGAAUUUAAUUAGAAUAUUAAUUAAUAGGAUUAAUAAAUUAAUGAUUUAAAAAAUAAGAUUAAAAUUUUAAUCUAAGAAAUUUCUGAGAAAGAGGAUAAAUACAAAAACGAAAUAGAAUAAUAAAAAAUGAAAAGUAUAUCUAAUAAAAUAUCAUUUGAGAACAGGUUUUAAUAGUCAAUUAUUGAAUGUAAUUAAAAAUUAGAGGAUAAAGAGAAAGAUUAUAAGAUUUAAUAACAAGUUAUGCAGGAUAAUUUGAAUUAAGAAAUUUUGGUAUCUAAGAAAUUUGAGGAGCAUAAUAAAGAAUUAUAAAUAAAAAUCCAAAAUUUAGAAACAUUAUUAGAGAAACUUAGAGCAGAGAAUGUAAACUUAUUAAGUAAAAUUGAAGAGCUUAUGGUUGAAAAUAGUAGUCAUUAAAGUGAAUUAGAGAAAAUUAAGAAAUAUAAAGAAGAACUUGAGGUUAAAUAUUAAGAUAUGGAACAUUAAAGGAAUGAAACAUUAGAUUCAAACAAAAGUUUAUAAGAAAUGUUAUUUGAAUUAAAAUAGAUUAAUGAGAAGAUUGUUGAAUAAAAUAAUGCUAAGUAAAGAGAGAUGGAUGAGAUAAAGAGUUUAAAUUAAAGUUUAGAAAAGAGACAUUCUUUACUUAUAAAUGAGAAAUCAAGUUUGUUAGAACAGGUUCGAGAAUAAAAAUCUGCUUUAGUUGAUCAAUGUCAAUAGUAUACUUCAUUAGAGAAUUAGUUUAAUCAAAUGUAAUAGAAUUUCAUUAGAAUAGAAUCUCAAACUAAUAGUAUGAAAUAAAUAAAUCAGUAGUUAGAAUAAUCUUUAUAAUAAUAAUAGUAGGUAAAUUCAUAGAUAAUUUAAAAAUAAGAAUAAUCAUAUUAGUAAUAAUUAGAUUAAUUGACUCUAUAACUUCAAGAUAGUUAGAAUUAGAUUAAAUAACUUUAAUAAAAGAAUGGAGAGUAGAGGUAGGAGAUUCAAAUGAUUAGAAAUGAUUAAAAGUAAUGGGAGAACAAUAAAAUAAAUGAAUUGGUUUAAAUGAAAUAGGAAAGUGAGAGAUAGAUAUAAAGAUUGAUGGAUUAGGUUAGUUAAGUAGAAGGAUUAAAUAAGCAAUAUUAGAAUGAAAUCUUAGAGUUGAACAAUAUAAUAAAAAGAUAAAUUGAAGAAAAGGAUAAGAGUAAUAUAAAUGAUCAAGUAAUUUAAUAAUUGUAAACAAAGUUAAAAUGUAAUUAGUUAAUCUCUAUUAUUUAAUAGUAAGUGAAGAAUAAAUAGAAAGAUUACUUAUGACUAAUAGGGCAUUGAUGGAAGAGAAUGCUAAUCUUCAAGAGUAAAUUAAGGAUGAUUUAAACUCUAGUUUUUGCAGCAAUUCUUCAUAAAAGUGAUU